UGGAAAAAUCUCCAUUCCUGACGCAUCUGCAGAGAUUGCUCAAGUUUCUUGUGGGCUACGAUGUUCAGACUCGCAAAUUUAACAUGUGGAUCAGUUGUUCCAUUAUGAGUAAUAUCAUUGCACUAGGCACAACACUUUACAGAUUUAGCUUGCACAGAGUGUCAAGAACAGAUGUAAUGGAUCAGCUAGCACUAGGAGUUGCUUUAGUUCUCUUUCUCCUGAAUUCUAUAGUGAUGUUUAUAAAUAGAAACGAGUUUGGCAAAUUGGUUGAAAACCUUUUGGAACCUAUAAAAAUAAGUGCAGAAAACCCGUUGAAAGUCAAAGAACUAAAAAACUACAAGAAGUGGGUUAACAUAAUCGGUUUGGUCUUUAUUAUAAACUUAUACAUAAUCGUUUCUUGCGUAAUUACAACAAUCAAACCGUUGGUAGCUCUCAGAUUUUUAUCAAAACAAACAAAAGUAAGAGAUUUUUCCACUGCCUUGCGGAUGGAUUCCCUUCAAUACAGAAUCUUACGUAGUCUUCGGCAUUGCUUACUCGAUAAGUAUCAUUUCAUGUUUUGGUGUGGGGAUAUUUUUAAGCUUCCACAUGACGGUAACAUUUGCAGCGUUAAAUGUCAAACUUAGGUUAAGACUACUGGCAGAGGACGUGAGGAAUAUAGACGGUAACGUGGUAUCACGCACAAUCUGCAGACUCAAGGAAAUGUCAAUACUAGCGUCAGAAAAAGUCACGGAACCAUAUAAGACAAGAGCAUAUAAGGAAUGCAGAAGAAAUUUGCUGAAACAGCUUGUUGAGAAACAUAUUGGAAUAAUAAGGAGAGUCAAUCUAAUGAACGCCUGCUAUUCAUUGCCUGCUUUGUUCCUCGUCCAGGCCUCUUCUUUAUUCUCAGCACUGGCCUUAGCUCAAGCAGUACAGGCAACCACCUUGUCGAUAUGGGAUCUGGUUUACUUGGUAAAUGGUGGUAUCGGAUCAUUAUUGAUGGUAGGCUUUGCUUGCUACUUCGGACAGAUGAUAGAAGAUGAGUCUGACAACCUUCGGCGUGCCUUUUACGAUUACGUAUGGUACAAUCAGAGAAAGAGGUUCAAGAACAGUAUCAGAAUCAUGAUGACCGUGGCCACUCGUCCUCUACGACUGACAGCUGGCCACAUCUACCUGCUCAACCUGAGAACCUUUACAUCUGUAAGUAUACCUAAUAGAGCAGUAAUGUACGAUUAA